AAGCGGCGCGGCUAGUUCAAGAUGGCGGAGAUGGACCAGCUGUUAGACGAGAGCUCUUCAGCAGAGGCACUUGUCAGUCUAAAAGAAGGCAGUUUGUCCAACACUCUGAAUGAAAAGAACAGCUUCCCAAGAGCUCACAACACCAGGGGACGACAUUCCUCCCUCACAAUGGACACGCCCACACGGAGCUCAAAGAGGAGUCGUUUGUUUCGGGAGGAAGAUGAGCAGCCACAGCAGCGUCUCCCCUCCAGAUCCCCUCGGAGGAGCCAGAGAGUCACCACCACACCACAGAAGUUUUCUAAUGUGGUGACGCCUGAUAAGAAGGCAUCCCAGAAAAUAGGGCUGAGAUUAAGAAACCUUCUAAAGCUACCCAAAGCUCACAAAUGGUGCAUCUAUGAAUGGUUCUACUCCAACAUUGACAGACCUCUGUUUGAGGGUGACAAUGAAUUCUGCCUGUGUCUCAAGGAGUCUUUCCCCAACCUGAAGACAAGAAAGCUGACAAGAGUUGAGUGGGGAACAAUCAGGAGACUGAUGGGGAAACCCAGACGGUGUUCAUCAGCGUUCUUUGCUGAAGAGCGGACAGCACUGAGACAGAAGAGGCAAAAGAUGCGCCUGCUUCAGCAAAGAAAACUGUCUGACGUGUCGACUUGCAAAGACCUUCCUGAUGAAAUCCCCCUACCACUCAUCAUAGGAACCAAAGUCACUGCUCGACUCCGAGGCGUCCAUGAUGGGUUGUUCACAGGGCAGAUCGAUGCAGUUGACACCAGUGCUGCCACCUAUCGUGUCACUUUUGACCGCAGUGGCCUGGGAACACACACUGUGCCUGACUAUGAAGUCCUAAGCAAUGAGCCCAAUGAGACCAUGCCCAUUUCAGCCUUUGCCCAGAAACACCGGACAACACGCUACAUGCAGAACCUAAUGACUCCGCCAAGAGGGCCCUACCCGUCCGCUACCACUCCUGUCCUCAUGGACAAUGACCCUCUUAUCAACCAGUCACCAUGGAGGAGCAAACUGACCGGUGCUGACGGAGAUACUCUGGGAGGAUUUCCUGUCAAGUUCCUGGUUCAAGUGACAAGGCUGUCCAAGAUCCUCAUGAUCAAGAAAGAGCACAUCAAGCACUUAAAAGAAAUGAACACUGAGGCAGAGAAACUGAAGUCAUACUCCAUGCCUAUUGACCUAGACUUCCAGAAGCGAUAUGCUACAACCGUGCUUGAACUCGAACAGCUCAAUAAAGAUCUCAACAAGGUGCUUCAUGAAGUUCAGCAGUUCUGCUGUGAGCUCGCUCCAGAUCAGGGCAUGGUUCCAGCCGACCAUCCCACAGAGCUGCGGCGGCGGUGUGAAGAUGAGGCCCAGCAGAUGGUGCAGCAGAGUAACUCCCUGAAGGAUGGACAGCAGAGUGUGACGAACCCCAGCCUCACACACCUCAUAUCCCGCCUCACUGCUCUGCUGCUACAGAUCAAGUGUUUGGCAGAUGGGGGAGACCUGAACUCAUUUGAGUUCAAAUCUUUAACAGACUCCCUUAAUGACAUCAAAGCAUCGAUUGAUCCCUCCAACCUCAGUUGCUUCCAGAACAAUGUUGAGAUCCACGUGGCACACAUCCAGAGCGGCCUUAGUCAGCUGGGCAAUCUGCACGCAUUUGCUGCCAACAACACCAAUGCAGUCUGAGCACCUGCGUUAUCCUCACAAGGCGCAGGUGCACGCACACAGUAAAAUCGUCUCUUGAGAUGGUGCUCUCACCUGAACUGUCAAAAGACUGAAAUCAAAAGCCCACGUGGAUGUCGAGGACCACCACCAUACAGUCUGCAUUUGGAUGUCCCAGUGAAAAGGCUCAGUUCUGCCCAGCUUCCUGAAGCUCAGUGCUGAUGGAAAAGAGGAUGUCAUGUGUUUUACCCACCAAUUUUAUUGUAUGAAAAUGUUUGUGCACCCAAUUGAACACAAACCUGAAAGAGUCUUUCACUAUUGCCACAAAUCCACAUCUCCAACCUCUCAAUGAUUAUUUAUGGGUUUCAUGUGCCAAACAUCGAUUCUUACGGUUUUUAUAGUCCAUAUUUAUUUAUUUUUUGAGUAGGUGUGUAUGGUUUUGAAACAAUAUUUUGCUAUCUCUAAAGUUUCCCCCUGUAAGUGUUGUGUUCUGUUGCUCCACUGAUGGUAAGCACAGGGGAGGCUAAAGAAUGUUUUAUAAAGUUGUUUAUUGUAGAUAAUUGUACAAUAUCUCUGAUUAUUAGGACUAUCGUCGACAUUUCUGCUGUGUAUUCAGAAAUGGCUUUUGUAAUUUUGUGUGCACUGAAAAGAGAUUUUGGUAUUUUUAUAAAAGGAGAACUCUGGGGAUUUGAUGCCUUUUACUCCCUAAGAUGAUCUUAGCAUUUCCACAUUUGGCAUGGCUGUUGCUGCAACCCCCAAAUCCCCCUUUGCCCCCACCCCUCCACAAUAAGCCUGCAUCACUGAUGUAAACCUAAAAGUCCAAGUCAACAGUUUUUUCCUAGAGAAUCUCCUUUUUCAGUUUUGUAAAGUUGUAUAUGAGAGUGCCUCAGGGCAAUUGUAUAUAAAUGUUCUUGUCUUUUUAUAUUAAACAUAAUAUUGC